AUGGCGGCUCCCGAAGUCGCGGCGCGGGACAGACUCUUCCGCACAUCAGGGCCGCCUACGGAAAGCGACUUGCAACCCCGCCCUCCCAGCUCCCGGAAGUUUCCAUUUGAAACCGAGGCGGCAGACCCGACUGGCUGCUUGGCCGUUGCUGCUGAGCCUCUUCUGAACAACAGCGACAAGGACUGCGAGCGGGAGCCGCGAGCGUCUGAGGCCCAGCCGUGCCGCCUCCUUACUAUGACCAGUGUGGUUAAGACAGUGUACAGCGUGCAGCCCCCCUCUGUGCUGAGCGGCGGCCUGUCGGCAGAUACACAAACUCGAGCUACUACCAAGAGUCUGUUACCUAUUAAGUCCAAAGAAGUCGAUGUUUCCAGACAUCUUUAUUCAGGAGGUUCAGAUAAUGAUAUUACAAAAAUCACCAAACCAAAGCGAGAGAAUGGGCAGAUGAAGGCUGCAGAUACUGCCAUCAAGAGGAACACGAAGAAGAGCUACAAACCAUUGAGUAAGCAAAAAUCAGAGGAAGAGCUCAAGGAUAAAAAUCAGCUAUUAGAGGCUGUCAACAAGCAGCUGCACCAGAAGUUGACUGAGACUCAGGGAGAGCUGAAGGACCUGACUCAGAAGGUGGAGCUGCUGGAGAAGUUUCAGGACAAUUGUUUAGCGAUUUUAGAGAGCAAGGGCCUCAACCCAGGCAGUGAGACCCUGGCAUCACAGCCGGAACCUACUCUGGAUCACACAGACUCUAUGUUGCUGUUAGAAACUUUGCAAGAUGAAUUGAAACUUUUUAAUGAAACUGCCAAGAAGCAGAUGGAGGAGUUACAGGCCUUAAAGGUGAAGUUGAAGAUGAAAGAAGAAGAAAGGGUUCGAUUUCUAGAACAGCAAACCUUAUGUAAUGGUCAAGUCAAUGAUUUUAAAACAGCCCUGGAGGAAAUGGAGCAGCUAUUAGAAAUGUAAUAAAAGACAAGUGGCCAGAUGGCUCCCUGUUGGGGAUAAAAUUCUCAGAGGAA